AUGCGGAACAUGCUUGGUCAGAGCUUUGACAUCGCACGGACUGGCGAGCACGUGCUCAUCAAUAUUCCACAAAAAUGUGGCCCAGAUGAAAUUCUUCUUCGCGUGGGUGCGGAGGUGCGAAGCGACCGACAUGCACAUUGCGCGACCGACAUGUACAUCAAGGCGCUCAACAUCACUGGUGCGUGGGCCAAUAAGCAGCAGACGAAUGGCUUCAGGUACUUGGCGAGCCAUCGUGAUCAGCGCCAGCCAUGGAGGUGGUUCGGCAAGGUUGAGCUGAAGGUGGCGUGGGGCCGCACGCGCGACGGGGAAAAUUACCUUAAUUUCUAUGUCCGCCACUUGAGCAAUGUUGGUCACGCGGUCGGGGGUAUCCUCGGCAUCGACGAUCAUUCAGAGGCACCAUCCCCGGACGAGAUGUGCAAACGCUCCCUCACGCUCGCAGAAUACGCGGAUUGA